GCGUCUCUCCGAGUCCUUCAUUAUCGUAGUGGUAUCAACAAUCACAAUCGGGUUCAGCGUUGUUUCCUGAUCUUGCACUACAGGUACUGCCUGCUCUGUCAUCACUGUCUUCCUCACUUCAUCUCAGAUUUCUGUGCCUCGAGAAUAUCCAGCCUCGUGCUCGUCUCGCAUUAUCAUGCCCCGCAAAGCCAAAUCCAAACCGCGGCCCUCCGAGGAGCCUCAAUCUGAGAACGAUGACCGGGGGCAUAAUGAAGAGCUCGAGUCGACUGAGCCGGCCACAGUCGACCCGUACGACGUGCUGAAAGUGUCGAAAACUGCGACUGCAGAUGAAAUCAAAUCAGCCUAUCGUAAACUCGCGCUCAAACAUCAUCCCGACAAGGCUCGUCCCGAAGACCGCGAAACCGCCCACAAGGCAUUCCAGGAGAUUGCCUUUGCCUACGCCAUUCUCAGUGAUGAGCGAAGGCGGAAACGCUACGAUGCUACAGGAAACACGGCUGAAAGCGCCAACAUCGAGGAUGACGACUUCAACUGGGUCGACUUCUUCCGCGAACAGCGCGCCAACAUGGUGAGCGGGGAUAUGAUCGAGCAGGUCAAGAAGGAGUACCAAGGAAGCGAAGAAGAGAAAGAAGACAUCUUGGCAGCGUACGAGGAGGGAGAAGGCGACAUGGACGUUGUCUACGAGAGCGUCAUGUGCAGUGAGAUCAUUGCCGAUGAUGAACGGUUUAGGAAGAUCAUUGAUGAGGCCAUCGAGAAGGGUGACGUGCCUGCUUUCGAGAAAUACACGAAAGAAGGCAAGAAGAGCCGACAACAGAGAAAGGCGAAUGCGAAAAAAGAGGCCAUAGAGGCCAUGGAGUAUGCGCGGGAGUUAGGCCUUGAGGACAAAUUGUUUGGGAAGACAGAGGCGUCAAAAAAGAAAUCCAAGAAGUCAACCGAAGACGAUGACCAGGAUGGUCUCAAAGCCCUGAUACAGCAACGACAACAGUCAAGAGCUAAAAAUUUCUUGGAUGAUCUCGAAGCCAAGUAUGGUGGGGGCACAUCGAAGAAGGGUAAGCGGAAGGUCGUGGACGAGCCACCAGAAGAAGCCUUCCAGAAAAAUGCGAAACGGGGAAAGAAGACAACCAAGUCUUGAUGCCCUUACUUCAUACAUGGAUGAUGUGAGAAGUUUGACACAUAACAAUCCAGCGCGGCGUUGGGGAGAUCAAGCGACUGCCUGCAUCACUGGUCACACUCGUGGAUAACGACUGGGCCUCUUGCACAGCAAGCAACUUGGAGAAAUCAACUUCAGAUAAUGAUGACAAUUAUUUUCUUUGCCCCCAGUAAUGGUGUGGCGUAGAGAUACAGCUUUGUUUCAAUGACUUGCCAUGGGCGUCAGUAACCCCUUGGACAAUUGUUUCUAAAUUCUGACGCGGUAUCGCAAACACGAGUAGAAACUCGGCAAGGGUGGUGAGGCAAAUGCUGUGAGGCCCGCAAGGAAUCAAUUGUUCUCGUCAACCACGGAGUUAACACAGUAGUGUGUGGAUCGCUACAGGCCUCGACUAGACCAGGGGAGGUCCGUUAGUUUCCAGAGGGAACACUUCGCCUCUAU